AUGGCGGCUGUGGGCAAAUUCGUGUUUGUCAACUAUACUGGCGAACCAGACGUCGAAGCCAAGCAAUCUUUGCCAACCGUAAGACAGCAUGUUAUGCAUGACUUUUUCCGGCGGCAAAGGGAGGCAGAUAACGGCGCUUCUACUGAAGAAGUUCCUGCGCCAGAGGUUUCAGCUGCAAAGACCAAAGAGUCCCGGCGGCGAAAUACCAACACUCGUCAGGCUGCGUCUCAGCCGCGCCCCAAGCGCUCUUCCGUAAAAAGAGCAUCACGAGCACGCAAGGAUAAUCCUCAACUGCACCGCCAGUCAUCGUCCUCGUCGACCGAGUUGGUAUUUCUUCAAGAGUAUCCCGAAGGAAGUUCGAUAUCAUCCGGCAGGACUCCAUCUCUUGACGAUACUGAUUCAUCUCCCCUUGGCUUCACCGACACGCUUGGCUAUACGGACUCAUCAUCGCCUUUGUUUUCCGUUACACAAUCUAAUCCAUCCCCAGGCGUGUUUGACGAGCCCUCACCACAGUCCACUGCUCUUGUGCAGAUCAACGCACAAGCAUCACCCGCCUUCUUCCAGUCCGAUCAGUCCGCUUUGCUCCAAGCGCCAAACCCAUUCUUACGCAGCCCUGCGGUUCACCGUUGGGACCCAUUUAACACCUUGCCCUUGAACGGCCUUGCUGUAGAUCAACUGGCAACUUGGCACUUUCACCGGCCCAUCAACCGAAACAACAUCUGGGAGAGCAAAGUUCUUUGGCUCGAUAAGGUUGACAGCCAUUUCCGACGUGGUCUUUGGAGUAUCGCACUUACGAGUACACCGCUAUUUCAUGUCCUUCUUUGCAUUGCAGAGAUGAAACGUAGCGUGCUUACUGGAGACCGGAAUCAGAUCAGCUAUUUCGAACACAAAAUCGCUGCCAUGCGUGCAGUUUCUCAAGGUGUAUCCAGGCUGUCUAGUCUACCUCAAUUCACAGGCACGAACGGCAUGGCUCUGCCAACGGACGACACCUCAGGAUUGGCGGAAACAUCAACAGACACCUUUGUCAUGUUGGUAGCCAUCCAGGUCAACUUGGCCUUGGGCGACAAGGAAUACGAUGCAGCGAAAACACACAUGCGAUGCGUUACCGACUUGGUGAACAAAGCUGGUGGGCUCCAAUCAUUCGGCUACACACAAUGGCGUCACACGAUAUGGAAUGACCUGAAGCUUGCAUCUGCACUCUUGGAGCGGCCAAUGCUGGAAUAUGGUCUGCGUCUCGAAUCAGCCCACGCCACCUUCCCACCAGAGGUAAACAGUGAAGCCCAUCGUCUGUCGCUAGAAACCGUUCGCAUGAUCCCAACAUCAGAAACCCUGACCUCUGAAAUGGCAUACGACCUCUUCAACCGCCAACAUCAACUCUGCCUCUCCUUCGAUACCACACUGACGGAAGAAGCACACUUCCUCGCCGUCGAGAACGCCUUCUACUCCAUCGUGUACAACCUUUGCAACUCCAUCGCCGAUAGCCAGACACAUACCGAAUGCAGCGACACAGACAUGUUGAUCCUAGGCGCACAACUCAGCACCUGGAUGUGCAUGCCCAGUCUCGUGAACAUGCGCGCACUCUUCAACACCGUCAUCAACACCAUCCAAUCAAAACUAGUCUACCGCCUCUGGAACGGUCUUAAACCAGACCUCAUCCUCCAAUGGGAAGCCACCGCAAAACUAGACUCUCUCCUCUGGAUCCUAUUCCAAGCUUCCACAGCGGCAAUCAACGUGUGCUCGUCUGGAGAAACUUGGAUGCCUAGUUACAUGUUGGAUUCUUUCUUGACGACGACCAGACAAGUUGCAGUGAGAUUGCAAAUUCACGGUCUUGCAACCUUUGAGAGGACGUUGAGAAAAUUCCCAUUCAGUGAGAAUGUGUUUGGAGAUGAUUGUAAAAUGUUGUGGUCGCAUUUGGGUUUGGAUGACGGUGCUGCUAUUGAUGGUAUGGUGUCACCGGGAUCAAUGAUUAUGGAGCAGAUGUGA